CUCAGUCCUUCAUUUUCAACUCGUCGUCGUCGUCCAACCAUCGACCUCCAACUCCCAACUUCCUGCUUCUCUUGUUUUUUCUGUCCUAGUUUCCAUUCCUAAAUGCCGUUCGGUCAGCUUGUCAUUGGCCCGCCGGGCUCUGGCAAGUCGACGUACUGCCGCGGGGUGCAGGAGCACUUCCACGCCCGCCGUCCGCACGCGCGCACGGUACAUGUGGUCAAUCUGGACCCAGCGAACGACGCGCUGCCGUACACGCCUGCAGUCGACGUGUCCGACCUCGUCCGCCUGCCCGAAGUCAUGGAGCGGCUCAAGCUCGGACCCAACGGGGCGCUCAUCUACUGCAUGGAGUUCCUGCAGCAGAACUUUGACUGGCUCUGCGCCAAGCUCGAGCCGCUGUGCACCGACGACGCCUACUUUCUGUUUGACUGCCCUGGCCAGGUCGAGCUGUACACGCACAACGACGCCGUCAAGGAGCUCACCCAGAAGCUCGACAAGGCGCUCAAGUUUCGGCUCGCAGCAGUGCAUUUGGUCGACUCGCAUUACUGCAGCGAUCCCGCAAAGUUCAUUUCGGUGCUGCUGACGUCGCUCGCGACCAUGCUGCAGAUCGAACUUCCACACGUUAACGUACUUUCAAAGAUUGAUCUCAUCGAGCGAUAUGGUCAACUAGCAUUUAAUUUGGAAUUUUACGCAGAGGUACUCGAUCUGUCAAAGUUGUUAAACCACCUUCAGGACAAUCCGUUCGCGCAACGUUACAAGAAGCUGAAUACCGCUCUAUGCGGUCUGAUUGAAGACUAUUCUCUGGUGACAUUCUCAACCAUGAACAUCCAAAAUCCUGAUAGCAUCACUCGAUUGAUGAAAACUAUCGACAAGGCAAACGGCUACGUCUACGGCGGUCUUUCUGAAGGCAACGAUUCGAUCUUUGACGUGGCCGUCGCCGCCGAUUUCCAAUACACAAAAUUCAUGGCCGACAACGACCAAAUGAAUGAAUUUAUGAUUGGCGACGACGACGUGGAUGAAGAGUGGGACUAGUCCGUUUUGUGCACUUUGUAUCAUACAUCGCUUUCUUUGUGAGCAAACCCGACGACUCGCUUGGCCAAUUUUU